AUGACAGCAUCAAGAGCAAUAUCAAUUAAUUCGAUUAUUGCAUUUGUUAUAAAAUUUCCAUUGUUAGCUUAUUUUAUUGGAUUUUUUGAAGAUUUUAUUAUUUCUGUUAUUAAAACUGGCCCAAUUCCAAAACAUAUUGCAUUAAUUAUGGAUGGUAAUAGAACUUAUGCAAAAAAGCAUAGAUUACCAUUGAAAGAAGGCCAUUUUGCUGGUGCUAAUGCUUUAGUUAAAGUUGGUAUUGAACAAGUCACAAUUUAUGCUUUUUCAUUAGAAAACUUCAAUAGAACUAAAGAAGAAGUUGAUACAUUAUUUGGUUUAUUACGUGAUAAAUUAAAAAUGAUUUCUGAAUAUGAAGAUUCUUAUGCAAGAUAUAAUAAAGUUAAAAUUAAAAUAGUGGGUAAUAGAUCAUAUAUUCCACAAGAUAUAUUAAAAGAUUUAGAAUAUAUUGAAGAAAUUACAAUGGCCAAAUCUUCCAAAAAGAUUUUAAAUGUUUGUUUUCCAUAUACUGCUCGUGAUGAAAUUACUCAUGCUAUAAAAUCAAUUGCUGAAAAAAGAGUUAAUAAAGAAAUUAAAUCAAAAGAUGAAAUUACUACAAAAUUAAUUGAAUCAAAUUUCUAUUUUGGUGAUGAAGUUCCUCCUUUAGAUAUUUUAGUUCGUACAAGUGGUCAUACAAGAUUAAGUGAUUUUUUACUUUGGCAAUGUAAUACUGAUUGUACUAUUGAAUUUCCUGAUACUUUAUGGCCAGAUUUUGGUUUUAUUAGUAUUAUGUCAAUUUUAAUUAAAUGGAGUUAUUAUAAAACUUUACAAUUAGAAGAAGAAUUAUUGAGAGGUAAAGAACCUCAAGUUCAAGAUGCUAAUGUUCCAGUAUUAUUAAAUGAAUUACCUCAACCACCACCAGUUGCUACAGUUGCUGAUUGA